GUUUGACGUUUUUUAGGUUUUUUAUAUAACAUCCCUGCCGUUCGAUUAUAAUUUGAUUAUACUCAUGUGAAGAAUUCACCAGAACAAAUAUAUUCCAGAACGAUCCCAGAACUGGUUGAAACGAAAUGUUACGAUAAAGAACAAUGUUUGAACUUUUUCUUAAAUGAUCAAGCGCGUGAUUGUUGCAGAACAGUUCUUUGAUGAAUUGGAAUGUAAAUAUUUCUUGAACUAGAGCAUACGAAGGUACGAAGGCACUUUUGUACUCAACAUAAGGAGCAGGCAUAAUAAGGGCCAGUUCUUGUCUAUAUCCUGAUAAAGUGAGUUCAUCUUGUGAGAUUCGAUGGUGAUUAUUCAAGGUGUUUGGAACUUCUAAUAGGAGGUGGCCUAGAUGGGAGCCUGUUGAUGUCUAGAUCUGCAUGUCUUCGUGCAUCGAGAGCUUUGAUGUACUUCCUUCCUAAAACAUUGGAUCUGCGCAGAUGUGGUGGCGGGGUAUGUCUUGGGCGCGAUAACCGAGGAUGCUGUAGGGUUUUUUUGGAAUAUGUUAGGGCCCCCGCAGACUGCAGACUUCCUAUCUGCCGAUGGUUUAGUCGGAUUGGGCUGCUAGUACGCACACGGAGUCAAGUAAACAGUUUGGUUGGUGAAGAGUGCACAGACUAGCCAACAGCCGACAGACGCCGAUUAUUCCAAGCGAUACUAGUUUGCAUCUGACUGUUAAACCCAGAUAAUUUGUACCUUGGCACGUGAACAAACAUCGAAAUUGGACAAAUAACCCACUUUGCAGUAUAAUUACCAUAACAAGCCAUGAAAAAUAAUGUGAAAAACAGAAACGUGGCUUUCAAGCCAUCCCAGAAACGUAAAGAAGCUGGAAGCAUUCAGAAGAAGAAGAGAGCUCAGCACUUUUUCGAAAAAAUGCUAAAAGAAGAAGCGAAACAGUUUUGUCUGAAUACUGCGUUACAUGGAUACAAAUUCAUCGUCUUACCGAAAAGGAUUCUUCUAGAAAGGGUGGUAUGGGUUAUCGUCUGUGUAGUGGCUCUAAUAGCUGCUCUAAGCUUACUAGUCGUCGCUUGGACGAGCUUCAAAAGGAAUCCGACGGUCAUAGUUACAGAUUCAAACCAUUACUCAAUAUGGAAUUACCAUUUCCCGGCAAUAACCAUAUGUGACUACAAUGUUAUUUCUAAGAAGAGGGCUUAUCUGUUAGCAAGGAAAUUGUUGAAGUCGGUAGAUGGGAGAGGCGUAGAAAAGUUAGCAUGGGAUUUGCGACUAUUGGUGCAACUUCUGAAGCAGACACACCUUGAAGCCCCUGAAAGUACUUACAAUCAAUUACAGGAUAUACUAGAUGCAAAUAAUAUAACAGUCGACAAAGCUUUGGGUCAACUAGCACCCAGGUGUGAAAGCAUCUUAACCAGGUGUUUGUGGAAAGGAGAGGAAAAAAGAUGUGAGAGCAUAUUUGAGCAGAUUAAGACUUCAGAAGGAUACUGCUGUGCAUUUAACUACUAUGCACUGAGAAAUCACACAUUUGGUGGCUGUUGCAGAGCCUUAGCGAGUAAAGUGCCCAAACAACCCAGGAGAGUAUCUGCUUGCGGCCAUCAAAGCGGGUUAGAAAUACUGGUGAACAGUAAUCCCAAUGAUUACUUCGCAUCUUUUAUGCCUUCUACAGGUCAAAAGAUGAUGAUCCACAAUCCUUACUACUACCCGGACUGGACCCUUCAAGCAAUUCUUAAUCCAAGAAAGAUUCUGAAUUUGAUCAGCGUAAGCCCUACGAUAACAUACUGUACCGAAGAUGUAGCUGGGAUGCCUUCUGAAACCAGAAGAUGUCUGUUACCAAACGAAAAGGAUUUGAUAUACUUCAAAAAUUACAAUUUUCACAAUUGCAUGGUGGAGUGUCGGAUGAAUACGACAAUCAAAAUGUGCAAUUGUACACCAUUUGUCUACGUGCAUUCUGGAGUGAAUUCGACAGAUGUGAAGAUUUGCACCCUUAGAGACGUAAAGUGCCUUCGACAGCAUCAAAAGUUAUUGAUCAGUGCAUCACUUGGUCAUAACGUUACAUCGAAAGAUUUCACGACGCUGGAGAAAGUAACUGGAAGGGCAUGUGGAUGUCUGCCAGACUGCGAAUCUACGGAGUACUAUGCCGAAAGCUCGGCUGGAGUAUUGAACUUCAAGUACAUCAGAAGCAAUGCAUAUGCUGAUGUGAAAGUAACCAACGAUAGCAGUAUAUUAAACGUAUACUUCAACGACCUAGUGGGGAUAAAGAACAGAAUGGAUGUGAAAUUUGAUUGGCAUACCCUCUUAGCAUACUACGGCGGGCUACUAGGUCUUUUUCUGGGAUUCAGCUUUGUAAGUGGUGUCGAGAUCAUAUACUUCUUUGUUGUGAGGCUGACUACAGGAUUAGUGAAAAACAAAAAUGAUAAGAAGAAGAGGGAGACUAGAAGAUCUGUUGCACGACCAGAAAGAUUAACAUUUGGGUGGCUAGAGUAGAGAAAGAAAUCCUGUGAAAUUGCUAUUUAUGUAAUAAAGACACAUAAAAGGUGUUGC